GACGGACCCGGCGGCCACUGGCAGAGACAACGAAACGGACUCCCACAACACAUUUAGGAUUUUAACCCGCUUUAGUUUAAAUUAAAUAUUUAAGAGGCAAAUAUGGCAACUGAAAACAUGGAAAUGAACGGAGAUGCCGACGGAGAGGUUCCACACCUUAGGGGCAGGAAUCACAGGGCGACGGGGGGGGGUGCUCUGAACAUGAACCACUACGCCAAUAAGAAGAGUGCAGCAGAGAGCAUGCUGGACGUGGCAUUACUCAUGGCCAACGCCUCCCAGCUGAAGGCUGUCCUGGAGCAGGGCCCAGGUUUCACCUUCUACAACCCUCUCAUCACCCUCAUCUCCAUCUCCCUCAUCCUGCAGGUCACUGUGGGCAUCCUGCUCAUCUUCAUCGUAAAGUGGAACGUGAACGAUGAGAGCAUGCACUUCAAGCUGAACAUUAUGGAGAAUGUCACCACAGCACUCGUCUUCAUCAUUGUUGUAGUCAAUGUCUUCAUCACAGCAUUUGGCGUCCAGAAGCCCAACACCAACUCCUAACUGCCCUCACUCCUUACCCAUGGUCAUCAGCUAGUACACAGGCCAGAGAAUUUCAGGGAUCCAGUCUUCCAUAGGCCUCAAGCUAUCAGGUUCUCUGUUACGUCAAAGACAAUGGAUAGAUCAACUCUACAGGACUCACACUGGCCUUUUAUAUCCACAGCCAGUCAACAUUUCAGAGGCAAUUACAAACUCAGAGUUCACCAUCUUUGUCUUUGGCUUUCUAUAUUAAUUUCUCAGGAUCUCAAUCAGAUUCUCAGUUGCAUUAUCAAGCUCAGAAUUGGUCAACUUUGUCUUCCCCUGGUCAUGUACCCUACUUCAUGAUGUCACGUCACACACUUCAUCAGUUGCUAUUUACAUGCUGUGAGAACAUUACAUUGUUCAAAUGACCAAUGCCGUUCAUUUAUUGCCUUUUCAAAUAUGAUCUACAGGGUUAUUUUAUACAUAUCCCAGAGCCGCUCGUGGUGACUUUGUUCUAGAAAUACUUGAUGUACACACCCAGCUGCUGCGCACGCGUGUGUUUGUGCACGCGCGCAAGAGUCUUCGGUCUGCUUUCAGCUCUGUACAAAACCAAUAUUUUUAUAUUUUUACCACCCUAGCUAAAACCCAAAGCACAGCUGUCUUAACUGCUAUCGUUAAUACAGUAGAGGUUUACAGAUGUUUUUGGACUUCAGCUUAUCUGGGUGUGUUGUAAACGCAGUGGUGAAAAGUACUUAAUUAAAAAUACUUUAAAGUAAUACCUAAGUAGUUUUUUGGGGUAUUUGUACAUUACUAUUUAUAUUU